AUGGAUAAGCUAAACAAGAUAGAUCUCCGAGUGAAGGCUUUUCAUGUGCCACCAAUGGUUGUUAUGCUUCAAGAUGGCGGAUCAGUUUCACUUCGAGCCACAAUUAUGUACUCCAUUCAAGAUGCUGUUGUGGCCACUCUGUCCUUGCAAAAUAUCAACCACACCAUUCGGACUCUUGCUCAGUCAGUCAUGUACCAAGUUGUGAGCCUUUAUUCCAUGGAGAAGCUGCGCAGAAACAAAAGUGACCCAAACGCUUUCAUUAAAAAAGAACUGCAGGAGGAGAUUAUGAAAUGGGGUCUGUCUAUACACAAUGUUGAGCUCUCUCAAAUUACCGAAUUGACUCCGCCGCCCACGGCAGUUCAAAAUGUCCAGGAGCUGUUGGGACCUAUUUUUGGGAAACUUGGUGGUUUUGAAGGGCUUAUAUCUACAGCGGCUGAUUUUUACUUGCCACAAUCAGAUGGCAUUGAGGAAACUGAGAUCGAAGUAUCGCGCAGCUUGAUACAAACAUUCAAAGACAAAAUUGAGAAACUUCUAGAUUAUUCAAUGACAGAGACUAUUGGUAAAAAGUUCAUGUUCCAUCUGUUUCCCGGAAGCACUAUUUCAGACAACUGCUUAUACAGUUCACGAAUUUUGGUACUAGAUUACCGUAGGCGUUAA